AUGGGAUCCAAGCCAUGGCUACACCCGGCUCCCACCUAUCGGACCUUAGAAACUUACUGGAAUUCCGAUGAUGAUGCUCCUGGUCCUCGAUGUGCUCAUACCUUGACUGCCGUUGCUGCUACCAAGUCUCACGGUCCUCGAUUAAUCCUCUUCGGUGGUGCCACCGCCAUCGAGGGCGGCGCUUCCUCCGCUCCUGGAAUCAGAUUGGCUGGAGUGACCAAUUCAGUUCAUUCUUAUGACGUUCUUACUAGGAAAUGGACUAGAUUACAACCUGCUGGGGAGCCACCGUCUCCUAGGGCUGCACACGCCGCAGCUGCAGUUGGUACUAUGGUUGUUUUUCAGGUGUUCACUGGUGGGAUAGGUCCUGCUGGGCAUUCCACGGAUGAUAUUUAUGUGCUUGACCUGACCAAUGAAAAAUUCAAGUGGCACCGAGUGGUUGUACAAGGACAAGGACCUGGGCCUCGAUACGGCCAUGUAAUGGACUUGGUUGCCCAAAGGUACCUUGUUACUGUCAGUGGGAAUGAUGGUAAAAGAGUUCUAUCUGAUGCCUGGGCUUUCGACACUGCCCAGAAACCAUAUGUAUGGCAGAGGCUAAAUCCUGAAGGUGACAGACCUAAAGCUCGAAUGUAUGCAACAGCUAGUGCCCGUUCAGAUGGAAUGUUUUUGCUUUGUGGUGGAAGAGACUCCUCUGGCAUGCCACUUGGAGAUGCUUAUGGGCUUCUAAUGCAUAGAAACGGUCAGUGGGAGUGGACUCUUGCACCUGGGGUGUCUCCAUCACCAAGGUAUGAGCAUGCUGCGGUUUUUGUUGGUGCACGUUUGCAUGUUACAGGAGGAGCCCUAAAGGGAGGACGUUUAGUAGAAGGGGAAGCAGCUGUUGCUGUGCUGGAUACUGCUGCGGGCGUUUGGUUGGAUAAAAAUGGGCUAGUGACUUCAUCUAAAACCAGCAAAGGACAUGUUGAAUAUGAUCCUUCUUUGGAGCUAAUGCUUCGUUGUCGCCAUGCAUCUGCAUCUGUCGGUGUUCGUAUAUAUGUCUAUGGUGGUCUGAAAGGAGAUACAGUGCUAGAUGAUUUUUUGGUUGCUGAAAAUUCCCCAUUUCAGUCAGACAUCAAUUCUCCUAUAUUAACAUCUGAGAGAGCCUCGACAAUAACAAGUCCCAGAUCAAACCAUUCUAAUUUAAAUUCUUUUGGAACUUCUACUCUAGAAGGUGGACCGGAUAUCUCUUCAUCUGGUGGUGUCAGCAUGGACAGAAAUUCUAUGGAAAAAUUAAGGGAGGCAUCUGCCGCUGAAGCUGAGGCAGCUAAUGCUGUCUGGCAAGCUGCUCAGGCAGCAUCUGUGACUUCUGCAGAAGAAACAUCUGUAUCUGAUGACAACUCACAAGCUGCAGAAGCAACUUCAGAUGGCAGUGACAGUGAGGCUGAUGUUCGCCUGCAUCCUAGAGCUGUGGUGGUUGCUAAAGAGGCUGUAGGAAACCUGGGUGGGAUGGUGAGGCAAUUGUCAUUAGAUCAAUUCGAAAAUGAAAGCAGAAGGAUGGUUCCUAUGAAUAAUGAUGCAUCUUAUCCUGCCAAAAAGUUCACCAGGCAAAGGUCUCCUCAGGGCCUGCAUAAGAAGAUUAUUUCCACAUUGCUUAGGCCUCGGAACUGGAAAGCUCCUGCUAAUCGGAGAUUUUUCCUGGAUUCUUAUGAAGUUGGGGAACUUUGUUAUGCUGCUGAACAAAUCUUUAUGCAAGAGCCAACGGUUCUGCAAUUGAAAGCCCCAGUAAAAGUCUUUGGUGAUCUUCAUGGACAGUUUGGUGACUUAAUGCGUCUAUUUGAUGAAUAUGGAUUUCCAUCCACAGCAGGAGACAUUACGUAUAUUGACUAUUUGUUUCUGGGAGAUUAUGUUGAUCGAGGGCAGCACAGUUUGGAGACCAUAACUUUGCUUCUUGCUCUUAAGAUCGAGAAUCCCGAAAAUGUCCACCUGAUACGUGGAAACCAUGAAGCUGCUGAUAUAAAUGCACUCUUUGGUUUUCGUAUUGAAUGCAUUGAAAGAAUGGGAGAGAGUGAUGGGAUAUGGGCAUGGACACGUUUCAAUCAACUUUUCAACUAUCUUCCACUUGCUGCACUUAUCGAGAAGAAAAUUAUUUGUAUGCAUGGUGGCAUAGGGAGAUCCAUUCAUUCAGUGGAGCAAAUAGAGAAGCUUGAAAGACCCAUAACGAUGGAUGCUGGAUCUAUAGUUUUAAUGGAUCUUCUGUCGGAUCCUACAGAAAAUGAUAGCAUAGAGGGUUUGAGACCAAAUGCCAGGGGCCCUGGUCUUGUCACUUUUGGGCCUGACCGUGUAACCGACUUCUGUAAGAAAAAUAAGUUACAGCUAAUUAUCAGGGCACAUGAAUGUGUUAUGGAUGGGUUUGAACGGUUUGCCCAGGGGCAAUUGAUUACGCUAUUUUCUGCAACCAACUAUUGUGGGACUGCGAACAAUGCUGGAGCUAUACUGGUAGUUGGCAGGGGUUUGGUUGUGGUUCCAAAAUUGAUUCAUCCCUUGCCCCCUCCCCUUCAGUCACCAGAGACGUCUCCGGAACGGGUCGUUGAUGAUACAUGGAUGCAGGCAAGACUUCUAGCAUUUUCAAUGUUGGAAAAACCGCUUGCCGUUGGACUUGACAUUGAUGCAUGGAUUCCAACCUUAAGGUUGUCCAAGGCUCCGUUUGGCCUUGCCAUGCUUGCAAGUUAA